AUGUCCUAUCCUCCAUAUGGUGGUGGACCUGGAUACCCUCCUGGCGGGGUAAUUGUUGUGAUGCAUGCACUACAUACCUCUGUGAAGCAAUAGAUUGUCUUAGCAUUUACUUGCAUGGAACACCAGCUAUGACCUAAUGAGCCUUUAGUAUUCCAGUUCUAGGUUUAUUAAAGCCUUUGAUGACCAAUUUUUGGUUCAUUUAAGCAAGGUUCAUAGCUUACAGCUUUCCUAUAUGGAGUCUAAAACUGUCAUGUAAAUCAUGAGGCCCAUCUGGUUAUUUUUGUCCCCUUUCCAAUGUUAUGCAUACAACAUAUGACCAAGAGCAUCUGCCUUAAUCCAUGUUGCAUACUUUUAUCCAAUUGGCUCAAAUCAAUAGUGGUGCACAUGCAUGGUGACCAAUAGGAUAUUUUUUCCUUAUAACCUUUAAGUAACCUGGUAGAGACAAAGUUCUCCUUCACCAAAAGGAGAAUGUUUACUAUCUACACUCUGCACACUACUAGACAAGCUUCACAUGGCCCUAUGGUGACAAGAUGAUUGCUUACAGAAAAGAAUACAUGCUCUCACACCUUGAGCCAUGUAACCCUCUGACCCCCAAAGAACAACUGGCAUACAAUUUCUCUUUAUAAUAUCAUACCUGAAUCACAAGAUUACAAGAAUAGAGGAAAUGAUCUCCAACUAAAAAAGGUCUUUAUUGUUAAUUGAAUUCUCCUUGUCAGCACCCUAGAAAAUGUAUAAAGAACAGUAUAGAGAUUAUACAUACUGAUAUUGGGGUGUAAAGGGUUAAUGUUUCUUUCUCUUUGUCAUAUUUUGUCAGGGAUAUCCAGGAUAUCCUCCAACUGGUGGAUAUCCCCCUGAUCCUGGUUAUCCUCCUGCUCCCGGUGCAGGCUACCCUCCUGCUCCUGGUGGGGGAUAUCCCCCUGCUCCUGGAGGCUACCCCCCUGUUCCAGGUUACCCACCUGCUGGUGGCUACCCUGCUCCCCCUGGUGGAGGCUAUCCACCACCUCCAGGUAAGUUUCAAUAAACAGUGAUUUCUUUUAACUGUUUGACACAAUGAUAGAAUUGAAAACAUACAUAGAUUUUGUCUAUUAGCAGAUGGAAAUUCUUUUGCCAAUAGUAUACAUAUAUAUUCAGUGUCGAUUGGGGAAUUGUGGGUUGUGUGUGUCUAUAUACAGAAAAUGGAGCUUUGCUGUCGGUAAGAACAUGGUGACAAAAAAAAAAAACAAGAAUAAAUUAGAAUGAAAAGUGUUUGUUAAUACUGCAGGGAUUGCAAGUGCCAAUUUGAAAGAUGAAUUUUUGUUCUAGAGUUUUGAGGCUUUCUGAACUGCCUAGAUAUAAGGAAAGGCAGCAGACUGCCAUUGGCUGCCUAUAGUGAGUAGGGAGAUCACAAUGCCUUGCAACUGGUUUUUCUGUCAUACCUUUGUACAUUGUACAGGUUUCUUGAAAUCAGUCACCUAGUUGUCUUCCUGUUUCACCAACGUAUAUUGUUUUGCAAUAAGUGCAAGUUAUGUAAUAGAAGACAUUAGGGGAGUUGUAUGUGAAGUGAUCUGUAAUUUUGAUGUAUCAUUUGGGUCCUGAUUUUGUCUCAGCAUUAUGACUGAAAGGACAAGCUUUGCAUCUUUCCGGAAUGCAUUUGAAAGUUCCGAGUUGGCCAUUGGUUUUAAUGAACUUCUGACUAAAAAGUUGCCCAUGUUUGGUCCUUUGGUUAUUAGCAUACUCUUAGUAUAGAAGAUUUUUUAUUCCUUAUUAUAAAAAUAGUAUUUAUACAUUACUGACCAGCAUAACAACUGCUACUACCAUGUGGAUGUAGUAAUUUUGUUUAUAUGUGCAGUAAUAAUCAUUGUUUUUUAUAUCCAGACUGUACCAUCCAAAACACUCCAAUUCCUCUUAUUUUUCUGAAUAAAAGUUUUACAAAGUUAGGUUAUAAAUUUACAAACACUGUUUUUGUACUGAGGGCUCUAUAGUAAUCUGCCCACAGAUUCUCAAUCCACUGGUUCAUAUAUGAAAAUUUUUCCUGUGUCCUUGCUGUUGGUCAUUUUGCCAAAUUUUUUAAUUAAAUAAUAGGUUAGAAAUGACCAGAGGGCUACAGUAUAAUACUGAUCUGGUAUUAAGGUGUUUCCAGAACUAACAAUAAACCUUUUGCAAAUUGUUUUCCAUUGUCUCAGGAGUUUCCCCAGGGAUUGUUCCUGGGGGACCCUAUGGUGUUCCUCCUCCCUCUGGGGGUUAUGGCUCACAACCAUAUGGUCAAGCACCUCCUCAAGGUGGUUAUGGAGCUCCACCUCCUGCAGGUGGCUAUGGAGGGCCUCCUCCUACUGGUGGUUAUGGUGCGCCUCCUGGUGGUUAUGGAGGUCCGCCUCCUACAGGAGGAUAUGGAGGGCAUCCUCCUGCAAGUGGAUAUGGGGCACAACCUCCCCCAGCUGGAUAUGGAUCCCACCCUGGACAUCAGCCCCCACAACAGAACUAUAGCUCACAAGGUACAUGUAUUUCCUCAAAAAGUUUUCAUACACUUAAUAUUUGAUGGCAUAACAAUAAUGUGAUUACUAUAAGGGAAACAUAGAAAGAUCUUUCUUUGCUUUGCAAUUAUGUGGGAUGAAGAAACAAUUUUGAUUCCUUGUGACCUUUGGAUUUCAUGCUCUGAUGCUCCAAAACUAGACCUCAGAGCCUCUUCAGUAAGCUAGGCUAUUGCUACAUUCAUAAAUGAAUUAAAUUACUGUAAUUUCUUUUAUAGCUCCUACUACACACAGUGCCCCUCCGCCAACAGCCCCCUCCUCUGCUCCUCAACAGAAACCAGCAAAGCCUCCUGCUCCCUCUGGCGGGGUAAGUAUUCAAAAGAAAUUCAUUUAGGGGUAGACAAGGGCAUUGAUUUGUAGUCAGUAUUGGUUGAAAACAAGGUUUUUACUCAUUUGAUAAUAUAGAAAUACGCCAUUGGUUUUUCAUGUCUGUUUGGUAAAAAAUAAGGAUUACAGUGGAAGUAUUGAAAUAAAAUUUUAUCUCACAUUAUAGUCUUGUUGGAUGUGCAUUAGGUCAGAAUUAAUUUGGGAGAGUGAUUUAUUUCACAAAAUCUACAGAUAAGUUAAUGUGGUCAAAACUACAGUCUACAGGUCUAUCACUUUGCUAUGGUAAUCAUUGCUUUUUACAAAAUUAUCUCCACUUUAGCCAACUCUGUAGAAAUCCCCAAAAUUCCCCUCUUCCUCCUUUGGAUUCACCCUUUCUGUCUUUAGUGGGGUAAUGGAAAUGACUAUUCUAUUCUUAUACAGGCUUGUGAACAAACAAAAUUAAUAAAAUUUUUUUGUUGCUUAUCAGGGUGGUCCUCCAACUGCCCAGAUGGCUUCAAUGUCUUUAAAAGCAGUAAGUUCAUAUUCUGUUACACUGUGAGAUGAUAUUAUUAAAUGUAUUGGUGGUAAAGUUACCAUUUUGGACAAAAAAAAGUAUAUAUGUGUACUUGUACGUGUGAACAAUAUAAUUCUUUCAAUAUUUGUGGAGUCUUCAAAUGAUAUGGCCUUUGACAUGUAGCACUACUUGACUGUGUAACUAGAGAAGAUAAUUCUGAAGCUACUAGUUGUUUAAAAAGUUUAUGUGCCUUUGAUUAAAAAAAAAAUACAAAAAAACAAAUAAGGCACACACCAACAAAUUAAAAAAUCACAAGUUGUCAGAUAAUUUUUCUGCAAUUUUAGUUACCAAAAUUUUUGACCAAUAAAAUUGCAUCUUGGAAUGAUGUAAUGACUUUUUAAUGUAUCAGUUUAUAAUCAUUCAAUUUUUUUAAAUUACUUAAUAUAUUAUUGCUGGGUAAACCCAAACUUUUCUCUCUUCUUGACCUGACCCAAAUCCCCUUCAUCUUUGCACUUACUAGAUACUCUUGCUCUGUUCACAAUCAUACUUUGUUUUACAAACUGUGCUCCUGGAACAGGUACAUGUACCUGGUAAGAGUUUUUGGUAAGCCCUUUACUGAAGUGUUACUGAUGUGUGGUUAUUUUCUUUUAAGAAAUAUGGUCAUGGUACCAUUGUUUCAGUCUCUCCAUUUGAUGCAGAAGCUGAUUGUGAAUUGUUACGGAAGGCCAUGAGAGGAGCAGGUGAGUUUCCACUUACUUAUUCUGUACAAAAGGGACCAUUUGUUUACAAAUCUUUCUCUCCCAUCAUCAAGCUAUCAAUUUUGUGCUCUGUAUGUGAAGCAUUUCUUAUAAUUUUGCUCUGAAAAUAUGUUUUUUUUGGUUUGCUAUAGGGACUGAUGAGGCUGCCCUCAUUGAUAUCCUUGUGAAGCGUAGCAAUGCUCAAAGAGUAGAAAUUAGAAAGAGGUACAAGACCAUGUUUGGAAAGGUAGGUCAAUUUAAAGUGCUUCUCCCAAAAAGAUCUGCAGUAACUGCUCAUCAUCCUUCUGAUUGCUGCAUGAUUUUCAUUUAGGGUGAAUAUACAUAGUAACUGAUUUCAUAUGCGGCAGCUUGACAGCAUUAAAGCCUGUUUCAGGCAUUCAUUAAAAUGGUGCCCGAUACGUAACUAUGAGGAAGUAGCAUUGGGGUGAAAAAAAGGAGGGAGUUGUGUGUUGCAGCUGCUAUUGUACUUUUUAUUAUUAUGCCCCAUUUUCAACUCGUGCAAAGAAGUUUUUAUGGGGACUCUGUUAUGCAAAUAAGUCACUCACUCACUCACUCACUAAGACGUAAACAUUGUGGUAAUAAGUCGUUCAGAACAGGCCCAAGCAUGAAACCAUAUUGGAGUACUAACCACAUAUACAACAAUAGAGAAGCUUUGUUACUGUCUAUACUAAGCAUCAUUGAUUUAAAUACCACCUUCUAAGUGAACAAAAAUUUAAUGAGUUCAGGCACAAACCUAAUACUACGAAUUACUUCAACUGUUUAUGAUCUGAUGUAAAACAAGAACCGUGAUUGAAUUCAAUUAUCUUUUCUAAACAUUGGCAACUGGAUUGAUCAGAAGCAAGUAAAAAUAAUCCUGUGCUUUUCUAACACAAUAAAACUUGUGGAAUUUGUUGCUGCAUAUCUUAAAUUCCAAUUAAUUUAAAAAAACUUGCAGUUACACACAAUGCGUUCUGAGGUAUUUUCAUUCCAAAGCAGAAAACUUGAAGGUUUGUUAUCAGAUGCAAGCAGGACAAAACCCAUUAAACAAAGAACAUUGUGUUACAAUGCAAAUAGUUAUUGAGCAACUAUAAGGCAAAAUGUUAUAUAGGAAUGGAAAAUAGUGGAAUUUGGCUUGUGCAGGCAAAGAAAGAUUUUGAUUGCAGUGUCUAAAUUUGAUUAAUUUUGCAAAUGGAAAUUUGAUAAAUACAAGAUACCAUAAACGUCCAUGUAUAAGCUGCAUCCGUAGAUAAGCUGCGCCCCCGAUUUGGAAGCGCAGAAUUUGGAAAAAAAUAAAAACAAUACAGUUUGAAGUUUCAGUAGAGUUGUAUUGCUACAAACAAUCAAGGUUUUGAAACACCAACAUAGAAGUUGUAGCUAUCUUUCACACUUAUCAAGUCUAAAGAAAGCGAAACAGAAAAGAAAACAAACAAGUGCUUAGUAGCCAAGCUUUAAAUGUUGGGAGGAGUCUGGGCCAGGGCCUGGCCAUCGUCGACUCAGCUGUUUGGGGAUACCACGGGUAUAAAGAUGUUUGGAAACCCGCAAUAGGCGACAAUGAGAGAUUCCUUGUAUGUUGGUGCUUAGUUGUACGCGUAAAGCAAAAAUUAAUAGCUUGAAAGAACUGUUGGAGAACAAGAGUCGCCGAUAAACACUCGAAGACACAAACGGCUCCUUUAGGAGCCACCACUCAAUGAAAAAGUCAAUGAACUACUGCAACACGCUCUCAGUUUAUUUUAUGUUUUCUUCUUGGCCUCUUAAGAAGUUUUCUGAAUAUUAAUUAGGUUUUUGAGAACUCCAAACACAGAUGUAUCCAUGGAUAAGCCGCACCCCUGAUUUUUGGCUUCAAUUUUGUGAAAAAAAGUUCGGCUUAUACAUGGAUGUUUAUGGUACUAUUUUGUGCUGUUUAUGUAGAUUUUACAUGAGUUUAUUAUUCUGUGGAGUUGAAUGGGUACCGUAAUUGUGGAUCUCUCCGUGAUUUUCUGGAAGCUUAACUUUUUGACAAAAGAGCAACCUUGCAUUGCUGCAAGACCAAUAAUUACAAGUCCACAACCAUGUUCCAUCUCUAGAUUAAGUAUGUUAUGCACAAGUUGACAAUAGGUAUUCUUUGAUUUAACUGAAUGCCUAGUGCAGGUCAACCAAAUGUUACUCUUAGUAGCUUAUUGUAGUUUGUCAAUCAACCUAAGUAUUAAAAGAUCUUAGUUGGAGUGCCGAUGAAUGGGGCCAAGAAUUCUUUACUGUUGCAAACCCUUCAACUGCCAAAAAUGACUAACAUCUAAUUUUUGCCCCACAGUAUCACCCUUACAUCAAACAAUAAGGUGAUGCAAAAAAAGCAGAUGAUUGCCAACUUAAUUGUAAAACAAAUUCUCCUUGCCAGUACCAAAGAAAAUUUUUUGAGAAAGUAUGGAGAAAUGGAUGUGGAUGCUAGGCUGUAAGGGGUUGAGCAUGCCAUUCCUUUUUUUUAUCUUGCCUUUUAAGGUUGCAGAAGUAUGUGUGACUGUUAGAAUUUAUGCCUCAGGAACAUUGAAAGAAAUAAAAUGUUGCUUUUCAAUCUUAUUGUUAGGAUCUAAUGAACGAUCUGAAGUCAGAGCUUAGUGGUAACCUUGAAGAUUGUUUGUUGGCAUUGAUGGAACCAUCUUCUUUGUAUGAUGCCAAGUGUCUGAGGCGUGCCAUGAGGGUGAGUAAGCACCAAAUCUGUGUGCUUGUUAGCUGUUAGAAAUUGUUUGAAUAAAUGAAAUUAAGGGUGUCUGGAGUAGGGAGACUCAAGGCAAUAAGUCUUGUUGACAAGGCUCUAUAAAAGGUUACAAAGACAAGUACAGGUGUGCAUUGUGUAGCUAUGUGUGAUGUCGUGGAGUCUCUGCAAGUCUGAGUCAGAGAUAAGGACUGGUUGUCUCGUCACUGUUGGUCACAUAGUAAUGAGAGGGCAUCAAUCAAAUUCCAAACGGUAGAUUAAGGUGAAAUUGGGUGCAGAGUUAAAACGAUGAAGCUGAAGGAGAACAAUUCAAGUGCAAUGAAAUUAUUUCUUCACAAAUUGUAUUCAAAAUCAUUUGAUUACUAAAUCUAAGUGAUGAGAGGUUUCUCACUGUACUUUACAUGAUAAUGGCUUGUAUAAACCUCUCCCCCAGUUUGCAUUGGAUUUGGUAGUUUAUUAUUUCUUAUUUCUCCUCAUCUGUUUGCUUGAUGAUUUAUUACAGCUGUUAAGAAAUUUGUCAAUGAAGUUCAAUCCAGGGAGUCAAAGGGUUUAAUGUUGUUCCUAAAGACAGUGGAACAAGCUUAACGUGCAAAUAGAACCCAGAGUGGCUUUUGGAACAAAGUUGUUCCUAAGCUCUGCAUAACUCCUUGAUCACCUUAGAUUGAUUAUUUUUUAUCCCAUGAUUUCAGGGUGCUGGAACAGAUGAAGAGGCUUUGAUUGACAUCAUGUGCACUCGCUCUAACAAGGUAUGUCUACCCAUUUUUUUAAAAAGAAUGCGAAAUCAAUCAGAUUAAGAUUUAACUGAAGUUCCAGACAAAAUAACUUCAGUAAUUUUUUGUGCCAUAUAAAACUACCUUUAACUCAAGGAACACUACAAGAAGUUACUUCUUUAUGAUGGAAAAACACGAAAGAGACAGGAAAUCAUUUUCUUUCAUCCGCGCACGCAAAAGAAUCUAAUAUGCGCGUCUGACCAUCCUGCGUCUGAGCGUAUGAAAUGUGUCUGCGCAUUUAUCAUAUAUCUGAGUGGUACUGUACUAAGCUUCCAAUAGCAAGUAUGGUUAGAGGUGGAGAAGAACAAGAAAGGGAAUGCAAGUGACAAACUGGAACACUUCAGGCUAAUAUUUUAUUUAUUUAUUUAUUUAUUUAAUCAAUAUUUAAACAGGGGCAUCACAUUUAGCGUAGCUAGUUUAAAGAGAGCCCUGCAAAAACAAAAUUUGACAAUACAAAGUUACACAUAAAAUUGACAGACAAAAGUAAAACUCAUCAGAGAAAAUAUAUACAAAGUCUACAUAACUAAUUAAAUUUGUUUAAAAAACUGCUUUCACUCAGUUUUAAAAGUUUCAAGGCUUUCCAGAGAUCUUAUUGCUUUGGGCAGAUUAUUAAAAGUGCACCCAAUAUUAUAUCUAAAACUGCCUUGAUAUUUAGUGCUUUUGGCCAAAGGAAGACGAAUCAAAUCCCUGUGCCUGGUAUUAUAUGUAUGACAUUUCUUAGCUUGAGUAAAAUCACUCAAUAGGUAGGAGGGUGCUAAGCCGUUCAUAGAUUUGAAAGCCAGCAUGCAUUUAAGGUAGUCUCUACGAGACUGAAGGCUAGGCUAGGCCAACCAAGAAUACGAACAAUAUCUGUUUGUUUAAAGGUGCACAGUGGAUGACAGAUGUCCUUUUAAGGAUAUUUGUAAGUUCGCACCAAUGUGUUUAUCGAGGGUUUCUUUUGUGUGUUUACAGUACAAUUUUGAUUGGGUGAUGUGAAACUAACACCAAAAUAAUUGCUAUGGCCAAUUAGAGGAAAGGGAAAUAUCUCGAAGAGCUAAUAACAACGCAAAAUAAAAGCAAGCAUGCUGCUUGAGACACAGGAAAACGCAAGUGACUAAGUCGUGAUUGGGUUUAGUUUUGAAUCAGAUCAGUUAACAUGGUGGCAAUAAUUUAGUUUUGUAGACAAACCCAAAGCAAUCCUGGGUUCCUGUGACACUCAAUUGCAAAUCCCUCAACUACAAACUGACUUUGGUUUUUGUACAUUUUGAAGGAAAUUGCUGAAAUAAAGAGUUCCUACACAGAGUGUAAGUAUGAAGAUAGAAAUUUGGCAAAAUGCUGCGAGAUUACUGUGUAAAUAUAUGCCUGGAAUUCAAGUCACACGAGGUUACUCAAAUAGCUUUGCUAUGAUAGAGCACUUGGAAUUGUUGACCAUAUGUACAGUACCAUAUAUCCAGUACAUAGUUUCAUUAAAAAAUGUUAACGGUAAUGGAGCCUCUUUCCCACCUCCCCUUGGCAUUGAUCUUUUGAAACUAAAAGCAAUUUGUCGUUUUGACAUUCUUCUGUUUCUGCACAGACUAUAAGCGUGACCUUGAGAAGGAUUGUGUGAGCGAGACAAGCGGCCAUUUCAAGCGGCUUUUAGUCUCAAUGUGUCAGGUAACACUAAUGGUUUUACCUGUGGUCAGUGAAGUUUUCUCUCUUGAACAUGAUAACUUAUUGUAAAGGAUUUACCGCGCUUAGCUUUAUCAUACUUCCAUGUAUACUUAUGCUGUCAAUUAAUUUGCCCUUGGUUCAAAAUGUCAUUUUCUAGUUUUGAUUUGGUUCAUUUGUUCGUUUUGUUUUUGGAAGGGUAAAUGUUAGACAGCAAAUUACAAAAAGAAAAAAGAGUAGAAAAAAAAGGAUUCUCCAACCAGCCUUGCUCUCGAUUACUGCAAGAGCUUUCGCUGAUUGCGGGGAAUAGGCUGGGCUUUGGACUUCAAUUCACUUCGACAGUCAGGGUGAAUUUGAUGACGAUUGCAAUAAAGUUAUUCAAAUUUCAGACUUUUUGAGUACGCUAAACUUUAAUAAUUUCGGAGUGGUUGUCGCAUGGGAAAGGGAUUUAAUAUCAGGGAAGGUGUAAGUCAAAUGCAAGCUCCAGAUCCUUUUUGUUUCGUAUUACACAGGGUAAUCGAGACGAGACCAACACUGUUGACAUGGCUAAGGCAACAAAGGAGGCUCAAGACUUGUUCCAGGUGACACAGACGUUUUGUAGGAAGUCGUAUACUUGUAACGCGAUAGAAGAUGACCGUUACAAAGGCAUUUUGAAUAGCUUGAUACUUUUCACAUGACGUUGUGUUUUGUAUUACAGGCGGGUGAGAAGAAGUGGGGAACAGACGAGUCUCGAUUUAAUGUUGUUUUAGCGUCCAGGAGCUUUCCACAGCUGAGAGCAACGUUUGAUGAAUAUGUUAAGGUACGAACGCUUUCAUCGGCUCGUUUUUUGCUGCCUUCUAGCAUCUGCUUUUCGUUCUUCCUUGGUCCUUUCUUUGGGGCCGGAGCGUGGGCUCAUGUUCCGUACAGCAGUUUGUUAUCGAGCCUUAAAACUUUUAAUUAGUGCCAUUCGUAUUUUGCGGGUUUCUAGGAGGAGGAAACAUUUUAAUUACUCUGAACGUUGCUUUUUGAUUUCAGAUUGCUCAACGUGACAUUCUGAAUUCUAUCGAUCGCGAGAUGUCUGGUGAUUUAAAGGCGGGUUUCAAAUGUAUUGGUAAGUCGCCAAUUCGGCUAUGUUUUUGACUAGGUUUGACUAGUGAAGCCAAAGUGCGUGGAUGAAUGUUGCACCAAAUCUUUAAAUGUUACUGAAACUGUUUCAUUUCAGUGCUGUGUUCAAGAAAUCCUGCUGAAUACUUUGCGGAUCGACUGUGGAAAUCCAUGAAGGGUGCUGGAACUGAUGAUGCGACGUUGAUUCGCUGUGUUGUUUCUCGUUCUGAGGUGAGCACUUUUCUUCCCAUGUUGUUGUUGUUUUUCCUUGACGAUGUCAUGGGUGUUGCUGUGGUUUUCGAUGUUUUAUCUGUACAUCUAAGCACACCUAGUUAUGUCAUCAAUGGAUAGUGUCCCAUCAGUAGUUAGUCUGCCGAAAGCUUCUGGAGGAAUCAUAUCUACCUAUCUCCCCUCGAGACGAUAGCGGUAACCACCGGUACAAAUUCUUUUCCAGGACGAUAAAUCUGUUAAUCUCACUGAUUGCAAAUUUCCUUUGUUUUUACCUAGCGCGACCUCGUUGAAAUCAAGCAAACAUUUUUGCAGAAGUAUCACAAAACCUUGUUCAAGAUGAUUGAGGGAGAUUGCAGCGGAGACUACAAGAAACUCUUGCUAGCCGUUGUUGGCAGGAACUAAAAGCAGUUUCAUAGUAAACAAAACAUGAACUUCCAGUAUCAUUUUUUUAAAUUUCGAUUAAUUACUCAGAUGUUGAAACGACAAGAUAUUCAAUAAUGAUUUAAUGACCUUGUAGUUCUUAGAUACUCAGACCGUAUUGGCGCCGUACGCUUAUUGCCCACUUUCUUAUCAGUUGAUCUCGUGAAAUUGAGGUAGUUUGUUGAAUUUUCCUUUUUUGGAAAUCAAGGAAGACGACCAGUCGUUGAAAAGAGAUAAACAAAGGAAGCCCUUUAGGUCUUUUGCAGAGAAAGCAACAUAAUGUGGAACUUGGUCUUCUUUUCUAGCUUUCACCCAACUUCAUUCUCAUGGUCUCUCUUCCGAAUCUCACCUCUCACAAAUCUUACCACUGCUCACACUCACUAUCUUACCUUUGAGAACUUAGAGGCCGGGAGGAAGAGGGACCCUGGGCAUGAGUUGGUUGUCGUAUCGACAAAGGCUAAAAUCCUACUUCUUUCUUAACUACCUCUGGCUGUUGAAAACUUAGGCGAAGCCAAUUUUUUUUUUAUUUGAAUGGUUUGGGCAAAUGAGACACAUUGUAUUCCCCAUGCAAUAUAAUCUAGCCAAGGAUGGAACAAAAUGAUUCUCAGAUCAUAUUGUUAGGAUUCUAAUUUUCUACGCACUAAAUAUUAUAAAGUACAAAUGCAACGACUUUGCAACCUUAAAUUACGUAGGUAGUCUUUUUAAACUAAAAGAUAGACAGAAGAUAUUAUCUAAUCUAAGUUAUUUCAAAUAGUUUAGUACCAUUUCUUUUACUACAAUUUGAUGUUUCACGCUAAGAAGAGCUCUUGGAGGCGAAAACGCAGAAAUGCGAUUUUAAAAAUUACAAACCUACAAGGUUUGAAAUAUAAAUUUUGCUCAUCGUUUAAGAGGCUGUUACUUUCACGAGUGACGUAGAACAAAGAAAACAAAGCAGUCGAAAUAUUGGAGCUUAUCAAGAUAUUGGUGACAACACAGAAAUAACUUCACAUGUUCUAACAGGCCCAGGUAAUCCGAAACAUUCGAUCAGGAGGAAUAUUUUUGCACGCGCACAGCAGGUUUCCCACGCUUUAGGUAUAUAAUGCGUCUUAUUUUACAAAUUUUACCCUAACGUUGAUCCAAGUGGCUUAUUGUCAAGCAAAUGUGCUAUUAAAUGGAAUACUGGCAGAAAUGACGCAUGUGGGUUUCUUCUCUUUAAUCCGCAAGUGAUAAAAACUCGAAGGUAAUUGAACACCUUACAUUUUGAUAACAGAACUCGUUAGAGGCGAUGAGCUUGAGGAAUAAUCUGGAAUUGCUUCAAAGGUUACAAGCUAAUAUCAAUACUACUCUCUUCAAAAGAAUAGCUCACCCCUGUACAAUAAUUCUACCCAACCCCUUCGACUCGAAAGAGUAUUGUCCGCGUAAAACUCACCAAUCAACUACUUCUUCUGGAAUCUGCAGUCAACAUCCGCUUCAUCUAGGUAACCACCCUUAUAUGUCACGAGAGCCAUCGCUGCUGUUUUCGAGAGCUGAGGCGAUUAGUCGUCACUUCACGCAUUUUUUGGCACAGAAACUUGUAAACAUGUACGGUCAGUCGACGAUCUCACAGCGAGAACAAGACUAUCAUAACCUUAGAAGACAAGUGGAUCAACUCAGGAGAGAAAGUAAAAUAUCCAGAAAGAAGAUCUCGGUUUGUUCCGAAGAGUAAGUAAAAGUUCGCGCUUGAGUACAUUUAACUGAAGCUUAUUGCCAGGUUUUUUAAAGUUCUGAUUAUUAAUUAAUUGCUCUUUUUGCUGGCAUUGUUCGUGUUCAAAUAGAACGAUCCAUGAUUUAAAAGGGUCGAAGCCAUUUUGCAUGGGAGGCUUUUUUUUCUAGAACAGUGACGUUCGUGCAGAAAUAUCCUUCUGUAAUCGCGCGGAUGAAAGUCGCCACACUUCUGGCGUAAUACCCCUAUCGUAUCGUAGGUGAAUUCAAAUUGAAUUUUAUUUGUAUUUUCCUUCAAAACGUUAAACGCUCAUGACAUUUUACCUUAAGUUCUUAAAAUGUGAUAUUUGGUUGCGUAAAUUUCAGAACUAAAUGCGAUAUUGAUGGCUGGAGUUUGUUCCGCUGGAAACCCUAUUUGACAAGUUACGCUUUCGAUAUUGGUUGAAAAAAUAACUUAAGCCAGUUAUAGUUCUUACUAGAUCCUUCUUAUUUACUUUGCCGAUCAUUUGUUUGGUAGACUACAUUAUGCUCCGCGGUUGUUUAGUUCAACUGGAGACUUAACGUGCAAAAAUACUCUUAAAUAUUUCACAGGAAAUGCGUUGUUUCAAACGUAAAUUUUCGAUUAACUCGGUUUUUUUAAAGAUGGACCUAGAUUAUCAAUUGACUCCCAAUCACUUAGUGAAUGGGGACAAUAACUGAAGUAUAGACCACAAACGUGCUAUGGGGAUAGUUAAACAAACGAAAGCAGCUGGUUACAUGAUUAGCCUAUUCACCUGUUUAUAUUGCAGUUUAUUAAAUUGUCACCAGACAGGUCAUGUGUGUUGACUUGCUGGGGGAUUGUAGAGACUGACUGAGAGGGUUUCAAUAAUGAUGAUGGUGAAGUUUACUGUUGUAUUUCUCCUAAGAUCCCAUUGAUAAUUCUCCUUACUGUUUGCCAUACAAUUCCUACAAUGUUAGUUCAGAGAAUUUGAUAUCAGAUCAACUUAUAAUAGCAUGAUUUUAAAAUUCCUUGGAGAUUCUGGAUAGGUGCUCUGCCAAUAAUUUGAAAGAGUAUUCCUUCCAUACUUGAUGCCAGCUAUGAUAGCAUGAUGAAGAUGAGCCAUCUCGGGUAUAAACUCCAUGUCACACAUUACCAGGACAAGUCAAAGUUUGUUUGAAGAAGAAUUCCUAUGAAAAUCUGCACAUCACUGCAACUGAAUUUUGUGGCUACAGCAUGUCAUAUGAAUUCCAACUGGUCUGAGUUUAAGUAAAGAUCAAAGACUGCAAUUGGUUUAAAGUGACUUAACAGCACACCCAAAGUAACUGGUCCGCUAGGAGGCAAUGAGAGGCUUCUUCUUGUAUGGUUUAAAAGGAACUGGCAAAGCAGAAUUUGUUUAUUAGUCAAAAGCUUCUUUAGUCAGAGAUUAGUUCCUUCAUUCUCAUAUGGUAAAUGUUUGAUUCAGCAGUGAUACUGUAGGGAGAUAUUAGAUGCCAAUCAUACUUAUCAAACCAGAAAUUUAGAAAUGAUUUAAUUGGAAAAAGUACCCCUAUCAAGUGUAUCUUUCUUAUGUACCAGUACAAUUUGAAUUUUUUCACUUAUUACACGUAUCUAAUACUUUUUUUAUUUUUAUUUGUAUCAAAACCUUUCUAAUUGUUUUUCAAUGUUUUCUUUAUAGCCUUUCUCGAUUCUGCCAAGAGAAGAGAUCUGAUGACCCUCUACUGGGAAAAAUUCCAAAUGCAAACAAUCCUUACAGAGAGAUGGGAGUGCGAUGCUCUUUGCUAUGAUGAAAUUUGCUUUAGUGGAAGAAAAUUAAUCUAAUACAUGGAGCUCAGAGGAAGAUAACUGCAUUGGAGCAGCAAAUUAAAUGAUGCUAAAUGUGGACUUACAGAGAUGUUUGUAAUAGUGAUAAUAGCUAAAUAUAAUGCGGUGAAUUAUUUUUGUAAUAAUAUCUCUUUAAAUAUAAAAGUAAUUCUUCAUAGAACAACAAUCUUAUUUUUAUUUAAUUUUAGAAAAUAUGUUUUGUUGUAAUAUGUAAAGCAGGUUAGAGUUUUCUAUAUUGUUGAAAUUUUUUUAAAGUAGUAUCUAUUUUAGUUAGUGCCUAGGUUUGAUUUCAGACAUAUCCCUUUCUUAAACUUAGCACAUCUGAGCUUACAUUACACAAGAGGAGUAACAUAGAGAAAUGGUUUUCUCAAACAAAAAGCUUUGGAAAAAUCAAUAACACUUGAACAUUGCUUUUAACAUUUUUUUUUAGCCAAUGAUUGAUUUAAUGGAUGACAGUAUCGUAGCCUGUGUAUUUAGUCAGUAUACCUUUGCCCCCAGCAAGUAAAAUUUUCAAAGCAGGUGACUGUACACAGUUUUGUGAACUGUCAUUGAUCAAUAGGUGAAAGUCAUAACUGGUUACACUUGUUGUGGGUAGGCUUGUUGUCUGUGAUCUGCAAGCCUGCUUUUUCCCAUUUUAUGCACAAACCUUAUCUUGAAUUUUCCCAGGUAGCACCCUUAACAGUGCAAAUAAAACUGUAAUGCCUCUAGUAUUUUUUUUAUCAUCAAAAGUAAUAAUCCUCUCUUUAUUCAACAAACAAUAUAUUAAUCUUACAAUGUCAGUGAUGAAUGCUACAGAACUUAUCCCCAAUUGUAAAGAAUUGAACAUUAUAUCUUUAGUUGAUACAUGUUUAAUACAGAUAGAAUUACAUCUCAUUUACUAAAUAUUUUUAGACUUUGUUUAGCUAGGGUUUAGAUGCUGUUAUAUUGACAUUUUUUCCUACCAAUUGUCAUUUGCAUAAAUUGGUUCAGAGAAAAUAUAUAUAUCUAUGGAAGAAGACAAAAGGUUGUGGGCUUGUAUCACUUAAACUGCA